AUGGCUGACAAGUCCGUCCCACAGGCUGAAGUGAUGUCCAUCGCUUCGCCAAUCAACCUGAUCCUCGUCUCACUCUUCGUGGUGCUGCUCUACUGGCACUUCCGCCCCAAGGCACCUGUCGAGCUUCCCCGCGGUCCCCCACCAACCGUCUUCAAGACCUACACCCCCAAGACCUUGAUUGAAUUUAAUGGCGAGAACAACCGCCCCGUCUAUCUAGCCGUCCGCGGCCGUGUCUUCGACGUCUCCCCGGGCAGAAACUUUUACGGACCCGGCGGACCCUAUGAGAACUUCGCUGGUCGGGAUGCCUCUCGUGGUUUGGCUCACCAGAGCUUCGAUGAGGAUAUGCUGACCAAGGACCUCUCGGCUCCGUUGGAUGAGCUGAAGGAUUUGGACGCCGAGCAGCUGGAGAACUUGCAGUCGUGGGAAGAACGCUUCUCUGAGAAGUACCUCGUCGUUGGAAAGUUGGUUGCUGCGGGAGACCCUGAAGCUCCUUCAUCGUGA